AUGGCAAAAGCAUACACACAAGCUGAAUUUGACAGUCUGAUGGAGAUAGUGGAGAAGGUAGAUAUUAGGGUGAAAGAAUACUUGGAGUUAACUGGAUACGAAAAGUGGGCUAGGUUGUAUGCACAUGUUAACAGGGGAUGGACAAUGACGACAAAUAUUGUUGAGUCAAUCAAUGCCGCACUAGUGUCAGCAAGGGAAUUGCCAAUAUACGACUUCCACGAAGAAGUUAGGAAGAUGUUUGGACGUUGGAAUUGUAAUAACCACAAAGAAGCUACACAGACAUACACAACGCUUGGAAAAAAAUACCAAGAAAUGCUGACUUUGAAUGAGGCAAUGUCUACAUGCAUGACUGUAAUGUCAUUAUAUUAUAUAGCUUAA